AUGAAUACUUCAAGCGAAUUAUCCGAUGACAAAGCUUUCUGCAACACCAUGGAUGAAGAUAUUCUAAAUUAUUUAUCAACAUUAACACCACAACAACAAAAGUAUCUCGACGAUUUCGUAUCCAUCAGUGAGCAUAAAAUCGUGACACCUAUGCCGGCCAUUGACUCCAGUAGUUGUUUACCAAAAUUUGCAUAUGGAAAUAGCGUUGGUGCGAAUUACUUCUAUGGUCGACCCAUGUCGGUUUACGAACCAUUUGUCCCACCAGAAUCAGAAUUCAGCUCACUUCCACCUGAUCUUGUCAGUAGCAACGAUCCAAAUGUCAUGUACGAUCCCAUGAAUAUAGCAGCAAAAUAUUGGGAAGCGGAAGACGCUGAAUACAUCGAGACACUUAAUGAAAUGCAAGAUAAUGUCGGACAGCAAUCAACAAAUAAUUACGACGAUACAAGACUUCCAACUGUUAUGGAAACUAUCGCAGAUAUUCAUUACUCGGAAGAUAAAACAAACGACACUCACAUUUAUGCUGUCGUUCAGAAAAAUAGAAAACAACCAGAAAAUCUGAUGGUUGCAUCUGACAGAAGUGCCAGCGACCCACCACGUGAAAAAUUUCCCAAAAUUAUGACACAGUCAUGUUAUGGCGAGUUGAAUAAUCCUACAGAAUUAAUAUGGAAUUGCUAUGAACAAGAUCUUGUCAAUAGCAUGGAGAACGUUACAGAGGAUGGCAGUCAUCAAAUCAUUUCCUCUUUAAUGACAGAUUCUUCGAUAAUUGAUGGCAUUUCCUCUAUGAACAGUUCAAUUUAUGAGCAAAUACCAUCGAUGACAUCAUCGAUUGAGAUGCAAAUGACGAUGCCACGAUCAACUGCAGCAAUCAACCAACGUAAAAUUGUAAAAUGGUGGGACGACCGUGAAUAUACGGAAGAAAGUACUUUGGAUUUGCAUGGAACAGCAGAAGAAGGUUGGCUUGAAGCUACUGAUAAUCACUUGUAUUUAAAUGAAAAUUCCAAGCCAUGA